CCUCCCCCUCCCCAUCAUCCCCCUCCGGAGCCCCCCCCCGCCCCCGGGGGGGGUCGUUACCUCCUCAUCGACAGCCAAGGGCUGCCCUACACGGUGCUGGUGACGGAACCGGGGGGGGGCACAACCGGGACCCCCCCCCAAAAUCGAGGGUCCCGGGCGUCGUUCUGGUGCCCCGAGUGCGGCCGUUCCUUCGCCUACCUGUCCUACCUGCAGCGCCACAGCAUCACCCACUCCCCGCUCAAGCCCCACGUGUGCCGGGCCUGCGGCAAGGCCUUCAAGAGGACGUCGCACCUGGAGCGGCACCGAUUCACCCACUCGGGGGGCAAGAAGCCCCUGGGCUGCCCCCUGUGCCCGCGGCGCUUCCGGGACUCGGGCGAGCUGGCCCAGCACCAGCGGGUUCACACCGGGGAGAGGCCCUUCCCCUGCCCCCAGUGCCCGCUGCGCUUCGGGGAGAGGAACACGCUGCAGAGGCACCUGCGCAGGAAGCACCCGCAGGGGGGGAGGGACCAGGGGUGCUGA